CUCUUUUCCUUUGCAGCAGGAGGGAGCAGCAGCAGGAGGAGGAGGGGGCUGCCCUGGCCCUUUGCUCUGCGGCGGACCCCGGCCGCUGCCCAGGCGCCAGGGCAGGCGGGCUCCGGCUGCAGCAGGCCGCUCUUUGGACAGCCCCUGGCAGCCGUCUGCGGGGAGGACGGCACGCUGCCCCAGCCCAUCCAGGAGCUCCUGGCUAUCCUGCACCAAGAAGGACCGUCGACGGAGGGGAUAUUCCGGAGAGCUGCCAGCGGGACAGCGCUUCGGGAGCUGAAGGAGGCCCUUGACAGCGGCGCGGACGUCGACCUGGGAAGCCAGCCUGUGCUCCUGCUGGCCGUCGUCUUGAAGGACUUCCUCCGAAGCAUCCCCGCCAAGCUCCUCGUCAUCGACCUCUACGAGGACUGGAUGCGAGCCAUGGAGAGGCCAGACAAGCAGGCAAAGGUGGAGGAGCUGAAAGCGGUGGCCAGCAAGUUGCCUGCAGCCAAUCUCCUCCUCCUCGAGCGGCUGCUGUCCCUCCUCCAGCAUAUCGGCCACAACGCGUCCACCAGCAGGAUGAGCUGCAGCAAUCUGGCCAUCUGCGUUGGGCCAAACCUGCUGAGCGCAGGCAACGAGGACCUGCUCUCGUUGGAGGCCAUGCUGGAGGUGACUGAGAAGGUGAAGGCGCUGGUGCAGUUUCUGACUGAAAACUGCUGCGAAAUCUUUGGGGAGGAGAUGGCCGGCCUUUCCAGUCCCUCAGCUGAGGAGUCGCCAGCGCCCAUGGGCAGAUCCACAGAGCUGCCUUUGGAAGAGGAACGUGGCCCUGCAGGCGAAGCAGAUGUGGAGCACCAGGCAAAAGCCCUCCUGGACGCACCACCCUCUCCGCCCGUCCUCCAGAAAGCAGCAGGGGCAGACACGGUGCUGGGAUGGGAAAGGGCAGAGGCACCCGUUGCUUUGCCUCCAGCCACCCCAGGGACCACGGUGGACUCCGCGGUAUGCGCAGAGGAACUAAAGAGCCUUUCAGCGGAAAGAAGGUUUGCAGGCUCCCCCCAGGAAAAUGAAGACCGAAGCAAAAGAAAGAGAAAGGAGGCCUGGGCAGAGGAGAGGGAAUGCCAACAAGCAAAGAAAAGAAGGAAGAGAGAAAAAGACGGGGACUGAAAAAAAGCAGGAAGGGCCAGAAGGUGAAGCAGCCCGGGUGCCGAUUUCCUGUUACUGGCUGAACCCCUGGGACUCCCGGGCUCCCGCACUUGAUGUCCAGAAUAAAAGGAUAUUUUCUCUCUUCUGACUGUGUCUGCCGUACGAUAUUCCGGCCUAGGUCGAUGUCGUUUUGUGGCGAAUCGUGUUGGAGGAGUUUGGGAUCAUCCCUUGCCCCGGAAUCCUUUCCAGCGCACAUCAGGGCUGAGUUCAGAGGCUGUCAAACCAAAGCACAGAAUGACACAGAACGGCUGAGGUUGGACCUGUGGAGGUCAUCUGGUCCAACCCCUCUGCUCAAGCGGGGUCACCUAGAGCAGGUUGCCCAGGACCGUGUCCCCUUGGGCUGUGAAUAUCUCCAAGGACAGAGACUCCACAACCUCCCCGUCAGGUCCCUUAGUGGUCCCUUGGCUUUCCUGGCUGCUCUUCUGGUUCCCUGCUGGCACAAGCCAGAGAGGAAAGAGUGCAGCGCUCAGCUCUUCAAGGGCUGACAGAACGAGUGAAAUGGGCAAACCCUUUCUUUUCUUGUUGCCCGUGUUGAGGAGGAUCUGGUUUUAGUGACACCAGAGGCUUUUGUGACUCUGUCACCUUUUUCUUCUUUUGUUGUAGUUUUUCAUCUAGAGGCAAAUUAAUCAAGGCAUCCAAAACCAUUCUAGGCUUGAUGGCGUCAAAAGGAACCAAAAAUCAGUUUGGAAGACUGACAUUUCAAACUCUUCUUUCACUGUAGGACAUUGCAGAAGAGCCACAAAAUUACAAGCUCAGGGUUGGAACCCAGUGUUGUGGCUGACCUGACAUUUUUUCUCCUUUUUCUUUUCAUCCACUGAUCGUUAUAGGAGGGAAAAAGGGGAUUCCUUUCCAAAUAAACACUUCUUUUCCUCUA